AUGGGGUCUCCACCAUCGCCGAACCGGCGACCCAACAUUCUCUUCAUUCUGGCGGAUGAUCACGCCAGCAAAGCCAUCUCCUGCUAUGGCCACAACAUCAACCACACGCCGAAUCUGGACCGCAUCGCGGCCAACGGCGUCCGGUUCAACCACUGCUACGUGACCAACUCGAUCUGCACGCCGUCGCGGGCCUCGAUUCUUACGGGCACGUACAACCACACCAACGAUGUCCUCACCCUCUACUCCAAGAUCAACAACCGACAGCCUAACGUGGCCAAACAGCUGCGCGCCUAUGGAGAUUACCAGACAGCCAUGAUCGGCAAGUGGCAUCUCGGCGAAGGACCUGGCGCAGAGCCGACCGGCUUCGACUACUGGUCUGUCCUCCCUGAGCAAGGAGAAUACUGGGAUCCGGAGUUCAUCGAGCCGCCCAAGUCCAAGGCGAGUUGGGGCCAGGGCACUCAUAACGAGCCGGGAUACGCCACAGAUAUCAUCACCAACAAGACGCUCGACUUCAUCAAGAAUCGUGACCCGUCUCGGCCGUUCUUCGUCAUGUGUCAUCACAAGGCGCCACAUCGGAGCUGGGAGUGCGACCACAAGCACCGCGAUCUAUACACAGACCCCAUUCGUGUGCCCGACACUUUCACCGACGACUACAAGAACCGCGCGAGGGCGGCCAAGGUCGCAAAGAACAAGAUCGCCGACGACAUGACCUUCUUUGACCUCGGAUUGGUGCAACCCGAGGGAGGUAUCGGCACGAACCCCGCGACGGCGGAUGUGGGCGAGAAGGAAGGACCUGAAUACUGGUCUCGAAACGUCCGCAGGGUGCCCUUUCCCGCGACCGACGUCGAGGUCCAGAAGAUGCGACCUUUGAUCGACAAGGAGACGGGCGAGAAGUUUACCUUCAAGACGCGGUCCGAGCUGGCCGAGUUCAAGUUCCAGCGGUACAUGCAGCGGUACCUACGCACAAUCCAGAGCAUCGACGACAAUGUCGGCCGUCUGCUCGACUACCUUGAGACGGAUCGGGAGCUGCACAAGAACACCGUCGUCAUCUAUAGCAGCGAUCAAGGAUUCUUCCUCGGUGAGCACGGCUGGUUCGACAAGCGCUUCAUGUACGAGGAGAGUUUCCAGAUGCCCUUCCUGAUCCAGUACCCGGCCCUCAUCAACGGACAACGCCAGGGCAGCGUGUGCAACCACCUCUUGAGCAAUGUCGACUUUGCGCCCACGUUCCUCGACCUCGCCGGCCUCCGGACCCCGACAUACAUGCAGGGAAUCAGCUUCGGAGCGCUGCUGCGAGCUGAGGAGGUCGUCGAGGCCGAGGGCUCUGGGAAGGAGAUCCAUCACGGCCAGUGGUCGCAGGACGUCGUAUACCAUCGCUACUGGAUGCACCGCGACGCCGUGCACGAGGCCUACGCCCACUACGGCUGCCGAGACCAGCGGUACAAGCUGAUCUACUGGUACAACGAAGGGUUCGACAUUGAGGGGACGCGAGAAGGCGGCCAGGACAAGGAGUGGGAGCUUUUCGACACAGACCAGGAUCCGCUGGAGCUUUUCAACGUCUAUGCGGACCCACAUUACCGCGAAAUCGUGGCGCGCAUGACCAGGCUGCUCGAAGAGAAGAUGGAGGAAAUUGGCGAUCUGAUUGUCCAUCCCCGGGCAAAGCUCGAGUAA